CGCGCUGACAAAAACCCGCAGCGCCAGCCCUCUCCGAGCCACUCUUCUUCCUGACCUUUGGACCGUACGCGUGUACUCGUCUCGUGACAACCACCAUCAUGGACGUCCACGGAGUAGCUCCCAGCGAUCGCGACAUGGAUUAUAACGACCUCGAGCACAUGGAGCCCAAGCACGGGAAAACCUUGGCGUGCCAAGACGACCGCUUCGAUAGCGGCUUAGAAUCGCUGAAGGAGGACGAGCUAGUGAGCGACUUGGAGCACUUGCGCGUGAGCGACGAGCUCGUUCACGACUACGAGCCCUGGAGAGGUGUCGUGACCGACGACGGGGACACGCUUCUCCACUUGGCCGUCAUUCACGAAGCCGCCGAUCGGGCCCAACAGAUGAUCAAACUGUCCCACAAUCACCCCUUCUUGAAUGCACAGAACCACCAGAGACAGACGGCGCUGCACCUAGCCGUGAUCACGGAGCAACCUCACCUGGUGGAACGGCUCCUGAAAGCGGGCUGCGACGCUCGGCUGGCCGACGACUGCGGCAACACGGCGUUGCACAUAGCCUGCAAGAAAGGUUCCCUCGCCUGCUUCGGCGUCAUCACCCAGACAAGCCAGCGCCACCUCGCCUCCAUCAUCUCCUUCCCCAACUACAGUGGACAAAACUGUCUUCACAUAGCGUCGAUUCACGGCUACAUUUCGUUAGUGGAGAAUCUAGUUGGGCUGGGCGCGGAUAUCAACGCACAGGAGCAAUGCAGCGGUAGGACGGCACUCCAUCUAGCGGUGGACGUCCAAAACCCGGCGCUGGUCCGUCGCCUCCUUGACCUCGGCGCCGACGUGAAUUGCCUCAAUUACGGCGGGUUCACCCCGUACCACCUCACCUACGGACGGCAAAACGACGACAUCCGCCGGCAGCUGUAUGAGAAGACGGCACGGGAAUUGAGGGCCUUGCCCGACAGCGAAUCGGACGAGAGCGAUAUGGAAGAUCUGGACUUGACCGAGGAUGAGUUGUACGAUGACAUCAAGUUUGGAAAGUAAAGGCCCGAGAUCUCCCGCCAUUGGCGCUGUCGAGAGCUGCUAUCAGGUCACCGAAACCCCGGCCCAAAGAAAGGACAAAAACCUGCCCGGGACGUCCGUCCGCCGAGUGCUGGCCCGGCGAUCACAAGAAGGAAGACGACGGCAUCUGCUCUGGUCUGGUUCGAUCCAGAAAUCAGAACUCAGCACCCAGAAUGCACGGCGAGACCAUAAAGGUCCAUGUGUUCUCCCUGCAAUACCGUAGAAGGGUAUAAUGAUGUGAAUAUACCAGACUGGUCUUUUGUAGUAAAUUGUAAAUACAGAGAUAUUAUUUUUGUACCUGUAAAUAUGUUGUGAAAUGAAAUAACAUGCAAAAUAAAAAGACAACUUGUGAAGAGUGAAAUCCA